AUGGCGGCGCUGCGGGCGCUGCUGGGGGCCGCCUUGGCCGCCGCCCUGGUCGGGGCAGCCCCCGCCGCCGUCCCGCCGCCCCGCAACGUCUCCGUGCUGCUGGAGCCCGGCUCGGGGCGGCUCCGCGUCCUGCCCGGCCGCCGCCCCGCCGCUGUCGCCUGGGCUAGCCUCGACGACCGCAUCCCCACCGUCGGCUGGGCCUUCCUGGAGGUGACCACCAACGGCUCGUACAAUGACAGCCUGCAGGCCUACGCUGCCGGGCUCGCCGAGGCCGCCGUCUCCGAGCAGCUGAUGUACAUGCACUGGAUGAACACCAUGGUGGGCUACUGCGGCCCCUUCAAGUACGAGAGCGAGUACUGCGAGAAGCUGCGGAUCUACCUCGAGGCCAACCUGGGCUGGAUGGAGGAGCAGAUGGCGAAGGGGGAGGACCCCGAGUACUGGCACCAGGUGCGCCUGGCCCUGCUGCAGCUGAAGGGGCUGGAGGACAGCUACAACGGGCGCCUGGACUUCCCCCGGGGCAGGUUCACCCUGGCACCCUUCGGCUUCCUCCUGCUGCAGCUGGGGGGUGACCUGGAGGACCUGGAGUCCGCCCUGAACCGCUCCUCCCCACGGCGCGUCCUGGGCUCGGGGUCCUGCUCUGCCCUCCUCAAGCUGCUGCCAGGCCAUCGGGAUCUCCUGGUCGCCCACGACACCUGGACCUCCUACCAGUCCAUGCUGCGCGUCAUCAAGAAGUACACGCUGCCCUUCCGCGCCUCGGCCAGCGGCAAUUCUCAGAUCCCCGGGAGCAUCCAGGUGUUUUCCUCCUACCCUGGCACCAUCUUCUCCGGGGAUGACUUCUACAUCCUCAGCAGCGGGUUGGUAGCGCUGGAAACCACCAUCGGGAACAACAACCCGGCACGGUGGAAGUACCUGGACCCACGGGGCAGCGUCUUGGAGUGGCUGAGGAACAUCGUGGCCAACCGCCUGGCCCGCAGCGGUCCCGAGUGGGCUGCUGUCUUCCGACGGUUCAACAGCGGCACGUACAACAACCAGUGGAUGGUGGUGGACUAUAACGCCUUCACGCCGGGGAGAGCGAGCCCGCCGCAGGGCGUGCUGACCGUGCUGGAGCAGAUCCCGGGUCUGGUGGUGGCGGCCGAUCAGACGGAGCUGCUGUACCAGCAGGGCUACUGGGCCAGCUACAACCUGCCGUACUUCGAGGAGAUCUUCAACGCCAGUGGGAUCCCGGAGCUGGUGAAGAAAUAUGGCGACUGGUUCACCUACGACAAGAACCCGCGUGCCCAGAUCUUCCGCCGGAACCAGACGUUGGUCCGUGACCUGGACUCCAUGGUCCGCCUGAUGAGGUCCAACAACUACCUGCGGGACCCGCUGUCGCGGUGCGGGGGCUGCGACCCCCCCCAGAACGCAGAGAACGCCAUCUCCGCCCGCUCCGACCUCAACCCCUCCAAUGGCACCUACCCCUUCCCCGCCCUGCGCCAGCGCUGCCACGGCGGCACCGACAUGAAGGUCACCUCCUCGGGCAUGGUCCCCGCCUUCGGGCUGGUGGCCGCCAGCGGUCCCGCCUGGGAUGACGUGCCCCCCUUCCGCUGGAGCGCGUCCCCGUGCAGCACCCUGCUGCACAUGGGGCACCCCGACCUCUGGACUUUCCCCCCCGUCAAGGUCCGCUGGGACUGAGCGGGCGCCGCUGGGCUGAACCCAUCUGUCUGUCCAUCCGCAGGCAUCUGUCUGUCCAUCCGCAGGUCCUGCAUGGGGACCCCUUUUAGGGGGGCAGCUGGGUGGUGGGGGAUCGCAGCGCUACCCACUCUCCCCUACCCCCAUGGGACUGGCUUUGGGUGCAAGGGGGGGGGCCCCUGCCCCCCUGGCUCUUUCUGCUUCUGCCUCUCGCUGCCGCAUCCCCGCGGUGUCGGCUGUGCUGCGCAAGGGGCCGUGCCCCCUCCCCGCCGAGGGGCUCCAGCCCCACAUCUAAGCCUGGUUUGGGGGGGCUCUUCCCAGAAAAGGGAGGUCCCGGGAGGCUGGGGCUCGCCUGUGGGGCAGAGAGGAGGGGAGUGAACUGGUUUGGCUGUGACAAAU